AUGACCAACAACAACACUAGUAUACUAAACGAGCUGUCUGCUCUUUCUCCCCUCGCUACGAGCGCGCAGGGUGAUGACGCUGGGGCUCUCGAAAUUGGCAUAGAGAGCGCCUGGACUCGCAACGAAUCGUUUGUUGCUGGCGCGGAUCGAGAAAGCAGUCAAUGGGCUGAGCCCGGGACUGAACCUCUCCGCGACCUUGGUGACGCUGAGCGCAGUCCCAAGGAGUCGCAGUUGGGAGCUAUGGAAGCACCAAUUGCCACAAGCACCCCCUUAGCCGACGAUGGCAAAGGGGGUAAAAUGAUGCCCGGUGCGCUGUUGGACAGCGAGGGCACCAGUUCCUCAAGGGCAAUGAGCCUGGAACCAGUAGUAGUUAGCAAGAUAGGACUGGCGUCCAGUGGAAUUACUUACGACCAUUUUGCCACCGCGGUCGGCUCUACCAAUGGUGACGAUGCGAGACCUAACGAAGGAAGGAUUCUCAGCUGGGCUGAUGAACCGGAUGAUGGCGACCUUGGCGACAUACCCAUGUUCCCAAUCCUGAGUCCCAUACCGACCCCGCGUCCGUCGACGCCACGAAUCCCCUACGAAGAAAAGGGCAAAGGAGUCGAGAACGUGAACAAGGUCGUCACCUGUGAUCGUGAGACCCGCGACUGGAUAAGUCAAUGGCCUGAGUGGGGAGACAAGAUCUCACCCACCAACAAACCUGAGCCCAGAAGAAGUGAGACUCCGAGCCAGUCCUGGCGAGAUGAAAGCCUGAGAGUGCCAAUCCAAACCCAAAAGUUCCUAAUGGAACAAUAUCAAAACAAGGUCAAGACAAACCUGCUCGAACGCGAUCAGCUCGUGGAUGACCUCCGUUCUCAAGUCUGUGAACUUGAGCGGCUAGUAAGGGCAAGUCAGUCUAAGGAAGAGGAAGCACUGAACCUUGUUAGUCAAGCUUACCGCGCCCCAACCCUAAGCACCAGUACAGAACGUUAUCCAACAAACCCAGCUCUUACAGGGCUGCAGGAUGGUGUUCCUGACAAGCGACAAAGGGACGCGAGGCAGAUCUGUACCGUCGAUGACCCCCCUCCAAGAAAGACCUCGACGAAGCCCAGACCCAAGGAACCAGAGGCGCGCUACAGUAGAGCGUCCUCGAUCCUACCAGUCAAUAGCUCCGUUAAGAGAGCAAUGACUGGCAUAGAUCCGAGUGACUCGGACGACUCCAGUGAAUCGAGUAGCUCACCGUCAAGUGACUCUGAAGCACUUUGGUCACCCCAUUAUAGACACCUCUUAGGUUGA